GGGGUUUGCAUUUGCAGGGCGGAGGAGGGGGCUGCAAAGAAGCGGCAGCUGCAAGAUCUUCCUGGGAGGUCUACUCAGAAAGCUCCCCGGUGUCCCUUGAGGAGACGGCCAUGUUCUUCACGGAGGAGGAAUGGGCCCUGCUGGAUCCAGGCCAAAGAAAACUCUUCUGGGAAGUGAUGGAGGAAACGUACGAGACGGCCGCCUCUCUGAGAGACUACAUUUCCCAGGAGGACUUGCGAGCACCAGAGAGAUCAACCCUGCCUUUUCUAGUUGCCCCAGGGGCAGUUUUUCCUCCAGAUGGAAAUAAAAAUGUAUGGAGUAUGCCCUUCUCCGGGGCCUCUCUCCUUUCGUGCUUCCCCUGGCUGGAGGGAGAACUUGGCCUUUGCUUAUCUGCAGGAAAGAGCUCCCCCGUGUCCUUUGCGGGGGUCGCCGUCUUCUUCACAGAAGAGGAAUGGGCCCUUCUGGAUCCAGGCCAAAGAAAACUCUACUGGGCUGUUAUGGAGGAAAUGUUGGAGACCGCGGCCUCUCUGGUGGCAGAUGUGUUUGGAAAAGAAUCAGGAGGGAGAGUUGUGGGAAAAGACAACAACAUACAAGUGGAAGCACAAUCUGGGGGUCAAGCGGUACCCAAGAGACAUUGCAGAAAGAACAGGGAAUGGAAACAGAAGCAAAGGAAGGAAUUGGUGGUCUGUCAGAGCAGAAAGAAGCCUGAGGUCUCAGCCCAAGAUGAAACACGGAAGAGAAAGAAAAGGUCUAAUGGUACCAUGAACCAGAAGGGGUCCAGCUGCCAAUUCAGUACUAAAACAUCUCACAAAGUUCCAGCAUUCUUGAAAAGGCAUAAAUGUGUGGAGUGUGGAAAGCGCUUCCACUGGAGUAGUUCACUAACUGUCCAUCAAAGAGUUCACACAGGGGAGAAGCCAUAUAAUUGCUUGGAGUGUGGAAAAUACUUCUCUUGGAAUGGCAACCUAAAAGCACAUCAAAAGAUGCAUACUGGGGAGAAGCCAUAUAAAUGCUUGGAGUGUGGAAAAUGCUUCUCUCAGAAUGGCACCUUAAAAGCACAUCAAAAGAUUCAUACUGGGGAGAAGCCAUUUAAAUGCUUGGAAUGUGGAAAGUGCUUUUCUGGGAAUGGCCAACUAAGGUCACAUCAAAAGAUUCAUACUGGGGAGAAGCCAUUCAAAUGCUUGGAAUGUGGAAAGUGCUUCUCUCAAAAUGACACCCUAAAAACACAUCAAAAGAAUCAUAUUAGGGAAAAGCCAUAUAAAUGCCCUGAGUGUGGAAAGUGCUUCUCUUUCAAUGGCCUAACUUCACAUAAAAAGAUUCAUACUGGGAAGAAGCCAUACAAAUGUUUGGAGUGUAGGAAGUGCUUCUUCCAGAAUAGCCAUCUAAGGACACAUGAAAAGAUUCAUACUGGGGAGAAGCUGUAUAAAUGCUUGGAGUGUGGAAAACGCUUCUAUCAGAAUUGGGAGCUAACUAGACAUCGAAGGUUUCACACAGGGGAGAAGCCAUAUAGCUGCUUGGAGUGUGGAAAGUGCUUCUCUUGGAAUGUUCAACUAACUGCACAUCAAAAGAUACAUACUGGGGAGAAGCCAUAUAAAUGCUUUGAGUGUGGAAAGUGCUACUCCUGGAAGAGCGGCUUGACUGCACAUCAAAAGAUUCAUACUGGGGGGAAGACAUUCAAAUGCUUGGAAUGUGGAAAGUGCUUCUCUUGGAACAGCACCCUAAAAGAACAUCAGAAGAUUCAUACUGGGGAGAAGCCAUUUAAAUGCUUGGAAUGUGGGAAGAGCUUCUCUCGGAAUGGCCAACUAAGGUCACAUCAAAAGAUUCAUACUGGGGAGAAGCCAUUCAAAUGCUUGGAAUGUGGAAAGUGCUUCUCUCGGUAUAACACCCUAAAAACACAUGAAAAGAUUCAUACUGGGGAGAAGCCAUAUAAAUGCUUUGAGUGUGGAAAGUGCUUCUCCCAGACUUGCAGCUUGACUGCACAUCAAAAGAUUCAUACUGGGGAGAAACCAUUCAAAUGCUUAGAGUGUGGAAAGUGCUUCUCUCUCAAUGGCAACCUAACUGCACAUAAGAAGAUUCAUACUGGGGAGAAGCCAUUCAAAUGCUUAGAGUGUGGAAAAUGCUUCUCUCUCAAUGGCAGCCUAACUACACAUCAAAAGAUUCAUACUGGGGAGAAGCCGUUUAAGUGCUUGGAGUGUGGGAAGUGCUUCUCCUUUAAUGGCAGCCUAAGGUCACAUCAAAAGAUUCAUACUGGGGAGAAACCACAUAAAUGCUUGGAGUGUGGGAAGUGCUUCUCCUUUAAUGGCAGCCUAAGAGCACAUCAAAAGAUUCAUACUGGGGAGAAGCCAUUUAAAUGCUUGGAGUGUGGAAAGUGCUUUUCUCGGAAUGACUUCUUAAAAGCACAUCAAAAUAUUCAUACUGGGGAGAAGCCAUAUAAAUGCUUGGAGUGUGGAAAGUGCUUCUCCCAAAGUGGCCAUCUAAGGUCACAUCAAAAGAUUCAUCGUGGGGACCUCCGGUGAGGAAUGAGGGUGGGCUGAAUUAAGGAACGACACGGUCCAGUUUGGAGGAAUCCCGCAGCUGUUGAUUGGUCUCUCUGGGUCUUAAGAGAUGGUGAAAAGGUGGCUCAUUUUGUCCAGUGUCAGGAGCUCCCCAGGUUUUCCUACAGAGUCCUUGUUUUAGCUCAGGGCUAGAGUCCUGGAGAUGUGAGAUUUAUGAUCCAGCUCAGAGCCCUGCCAAAGUCUUUUAUUUGGGGGGGGGGGCGGGGAAUGAAGCCUGUGCCUUCCUCCCAUCCUAAACUUCAAAGGAGUGCUCCACUGCUCUUGAUAAGGAGUGACAUUCAUCUCCAGCGAAGCUGCCCAUCUCUCAGACAUGUCGGUGGGGGAGAAUAAACCUCUCUCUUACAGCACUUUCCAUGUAGUUGGUUUUCUGAGACUCCGGUGCAAGAAGCAUUUGAACCAGAAAAUGUUAUGGAGGAAUUCUGAAAACGAAACUUUGGCUUACCUGAAGGUUUCUUCUCUUCGGUGGGGCAAAAGCAUCCAGUUAUUUUUCCCUCCCCAAGAGGCUGUUGUUACGCCUACUCGAAAGGUUGGCUCUUUUUUCUUUUCUUCCCCUUUUGCAUGGUUGGAUUAAUAAAGUUGUAUAACUUGGUUAA